GAAGCAUUAUCGUUUCCAUUUUUGGUAUUUCCGCGCCGGUUUUACUACCUUCCUUACCGUUAUGAACCACCUCAGCUCGCAUCAUUGGUCAUAGUUUGGUUAUUAUGUGGGGACGCGCUGUUUUGCGGUGGUCGUCGGGAGCCAUCGCUGUGCCGCCGGCUGUCAUUGGGGUUGCGUGAAGCAUAUAUACGUUGCGGAUGAGGCGCUGCUGGCCUUAGAAUGCCAUCUCCAGUGGUCUGUGACCAGGAAGUGAGCAGCACCAGCUCACCUCCCGGCGUCACUGCCGCCCCAGCCGACUCUGUCACGGAUGCUGGUGGCGAUGCCCAGCCACACAGCACCAGCACUGGGGACCAGGACGCCGCGCUGGAGGACGCCUCGGCCGACGAGUGCGUGUACCCGGCGACGGGGUACGAGUACCUGGACCACCCUGCCGACGUGCAGCUGCACGCCUGGGGUGGCUCGCUGCCCGAGGCCUUCGAGCAAGCGGCGCUGGCCAUGUUCGGUUAUAUGACGGACCUGGAGACGGUCGAGGCGGUCGACACGCAGCACGUGACCGCGCAGGGACACGACCUGGAGUCGCUGCUGUUCCACUUUCUGGACGAGUUCCUCUUCCUCUUUUCGGCCGAGCCGUUCUUUGUCGCGUGCCACGUGGAGAUUGUCGAGUUUGACCGGCAAGAGUUCCGGAUACGCGCGCGAGGCUACGGUGAGCCGUUUGACCUGGACAAACAUCCGCAGGGCACAGAGGUCAAGGCCAUCACCUACUCCAACCUGCAGGUGCAUGACAACGACGACCAGCACGAGGUGUUUGUGAUAAUCGAUAUUUGACGUGAUACGGGUCGCUACCGAACACCGUCUUGUGCCGCCGGGGCGUGAGGUUUGGCUGUCAGCCAACGCGGUCGCCGCCGUCUGCGGUAGAGAACAGUGUCCGUGUGCAUAAGGAGGAAGCCAGAUGUGUUGACCCUGCUCUGCGCGUCAGAUGGUGGCUGGACCUGACUUUGCAACAGGUUACCCAGCGGCGAAUGGCGAUGACGUCCGUUUAUGACUUAUGUAUCGACCUAGGGACUUCGGAAUUUGAAUAGAAGCGGACUGUUAUAAUGCAGACAUCGAAUGUGAUUGUUUUUGCUACCAAAGUCAAGGUGCGCUCGGGCGGCGCUCCUUAUAAUAACUGGUUGUCUAUUUGGUCAGCAUGGCCAGUCUGUUGUAGCUUUUAAUAUGUGUCUUAUUGUUUGGAGCUGCAGGUGAUGGGAUGCUCAGGCCUCCUGACUUCACAUCGCUAUGAAUGCAUAUAAAUGCAGUGACGUGAUCAAUGCCGGUUUGAUCUAAAUAAAGGAGAGUUGGGGAUCCUGCCAACUCCUGUACAACA